CUUGUAAGUGACCCAUAGUUGUGCAGGUCAUCGGUCAAAACACUGCUUGUAUCUGUCCUCGAGAGUAUGCAGCAAGCCAUUGGUAUCGACAUCCAUCUAGAGCUACGCGAGCGCUCGUCUGUUUACGCCCUUAAACUUCUACGACCUUUGGCGGCUGUUUUAGAAGUUGAGCAGUUUCGCCAGGUGGCGUACGAUUUGGGAAUGCCCGACUGGGGUGUUCGACUGUGUCAAAGCUUUGUCAACACAGUACUUCAUCAUCCGGAACUCUGUAGACCAGAAGCACGCGAUAAGGCCUGGGUGGCUGCUCGCGACGCGCUGCAUUUCAGCGUCAUCACUGCUGGGAGUGGCGAUAGCGACCCGACCGAUGAUCGGAUUGCCUGUAAGGAAGAGAUUUCUCGUCCCCGCACGACCAGGAAUGCUGGUUGCGGCUGGCUCCUCGAUUAUAUCAUGCAUCAUCAUUCGAUCUCUCAUCAGUCAGCGCUCACUGACGCAUUCUUCACGAUGAGCGAAAUGAACAUCGACAUUGCAUGCAGGGAGAAGAUGCCGACCUAUAUUAAUGCGAUGAUUUUUGCAAUGGCACCGGAUAAGCCUCCACAGCUUCGCAAGGCUGCGCUUCGCGCUGCGUAUUCAUCAAGGAACUAUCUUGCCCUGUUGGACACCGAUUGUCUCUCCCCAGAUCUCUGUGCUCAAUUUUCGGCAGCGCUUUCUGGCGUUGCUGCUGACAGUCUAUCCUUUGGUCAGGGCGAGGAUGGCAUUCUUUCUGAACACUCCAGUAUGUGUGGCAAGCAGAACCUUCGUUAUUUGCACAUAUUGUUCUCGUGGACUCAAAGUGAGCUAUGGUCCCAUCACCUUUAUGAUAGUGGACACCUCGAGGCAUGCCUAUUGAUCGCGAACAACCUUCGUUACUUUGAAAUCUACCCUCUCACAGAACAUCUCGCCUUAUACAUCAUUGCAAUCAUGGCACGACUAAAGGGAGAACACGGCAACCUCAUCCCGAACGAUCUUUGUGGCCUUCUUGUACACAAGGCUUGGGCAUUCGUCGCUCUUCGUUCUCUUAAGCCACUCGAGUUGUCUGAGUGCGUCAUACAUGAAGCUCUCGAACCAUUUGCCAAGUUCACAAUCCAGUUGCUGAAACGUGAUGCGGAACUUGUCGAUGUCACAAACGAGUUCAAGUCACGUGUAAUGCAGACACUGUACCACUUGGAGCAAGGUUCCGCGGACAAUGUGGUGAUAUCGCUAGUCAAGGAUGUCGUAUCAUUGGUCACUACAUGACCUACCUGUGAUUGAGUGGGUAUUUUAGUACCUGUUCCUCUUGACUUAAUGAUUUAUGUAUGUUGUUUGCCGGUGUAUCUGUAUGUAUCUGAUUCUCAAUGCGAGGUCAAAUAGUAUAAGGCAGUUCCAUCGCCUCGCACAGCUCUGCUUCGAGCCCCAAG